UGCAGACCUGGCAACCCUGCCCAGCCUGCACUGUGCGCACUACGUUGUUUCCGGUUAGCUGCUCGCUAUCAUUAGACACCGGGAUGAUCAGACACCAUUCAACGGGCCCGCGUGUUUCAAGUAAACCCGCUGGUCUGCGCGAUUCGACUUGUAAUAUCGAUGAUUAUCGUCAGCAGUUUGAGAGUGAUAAGCAGUGGUCCGCCAGACGUCAGUUCAUAUUGAAACACGCUGCGGAGUACGAGGAAAAUGCUCUUGAUAAGCUACUGGCCCUGUCGAUGGUGUGGGUUAACCAUGUUUUCCUGGGAUGCAGGUAUGGCUCCCAACUAAUGCAGAAGGUGCUUGAGAUGGCAGAAGGGAUUGAUGUUGGUGAAAUGCCCUCAUAUGAACUAGUUCCGAAUGCUGAAUCAAAAAAGAGACCACAUUCAUCUGAUGGAAGUGAAGAUCCCACAAGGAAGAUGCCUGUGUCAAAAUUCACUUCCAGACCUCGAUUUGAGCCAGUGCACUUUGUGAGUGGUGGGAACAGCGGCAGUGGAAUUGGAGAAACUGACGAAAAAGAAAAUGAGAAGGAGCGCAGGAGGGGCGAGAUGAAUGAAGUAAAACCGAGGGAACAAGAUCAUCAGCCGUAUAAUGGUAACCAUGGCAAUGGCCCUUCUUCCUCCUCUGGCUCCCUUGAGAUAGGGAGGUGCGAUUAUGAUUCUUGGCCUGAGCACAGAAGCAAGGACGUGGCCGUGGGCGUCACAAGUGGGCUUGGCUAUGGCAGCAGAGGGUCUGCCGCGAACUUCAUGUGCAAAGUGCAGCAGGAGUACACUGCUAAAUAUGAGGCUCAUAAUGCCAAACAGUCAGAAUCAUUCUCACAGGCAGGCAGAGUUAAGGAAUACCGAGGUGCUGGACGGUCUGGAGCCGUGGUUAGCGGGCAGUGUGGACUGGGAUUUGGACAUCAGGAUAGGCCAACCUCCAGCAAGGCUUUCAGCAGGGCAUACGAUGGUCCAAGCAGAGGCGGCUCUGGCCUUCUCCCUACACCCUCUCGGCCGACUUCUAUACCCGCAGCAAUAAUUGACGAAAAACAGAGGCUUAUUGCCAGAGUAUCGUCUGCCGUUGCCAUCACCCUCAGAGAUCCUGCGUUCAUGAGUGGACCUGAUGGCCCAAAUUACAAUUUCAUACUUAGCCGCAGCAUUCAGGCCUGCAAGACAAACCCAGAGUACAUCUAUGUCAAUUUAAGAGAUAUUCCACCUGCUGACCUUCCUAAGAACAGAAAAGUGCCCACUGAAGGAUAUGCUUGUGAACUUAGGUUUCAGUGUGUGUACCUUGCCACGGGGUACUCUGGGAGCAAAAACGGUGCCAGAGACCGAGCGUCAGAACUGGCUGUCAAGCUGUUCAUGAGGCCGGUGGAAGUCCGAGUCUUACAACGGCAGUACAAGCGUACUUGCGUCAAUGACAUGGUGGUGUGCCAAGUUAACACUCCAAACCCAACCCUCCCCCCACCUCUGCGCAACCCAGAGGACAAGCCGUCCCCUAGUACCAAGGGCCAGUAUGAGCCUGACCAAAGCAAACACUGGACAGAAUUUGUAAUUAUGGAGAAUGCACAUGAUGCCAUCUGUAUACUCAACAACUCAGCUGCGUUCAACCGCAUGAAAGUUGAUUACACUUUUGACCCGGUUCCCAACAACAAUUUAUGGCUCUGUAGUGUGUACUUGCAGGGUGAGCUGGUGGCGCAAGCCAGAGGGACCAAGAAGAGCUCGAAACACGCAGCGGCAGAGGAGGCGGUGAGGAAGUUGCGAAUGAACCAGACUGCUCGCCAACAAGAGCAGCAGCAGCAGCAUUUCUCUGGAGGGAACCACACUUCAGGCCAGCCCGGUAGUUGGUACACCCAGCAAAGCAGCAAGAAAGCACUGCUGGGUGAAUUGGUCAUUCUUGAAAACUCUGAUAACGCUAUUUGUAUAAUAAAUGACACUGCUCAAUUUAAUAAAGUGCUUGCUGACUACAAGUUCACGGUUCUGCCGGACCAUAGCUGGCAGUGUGAAGUUUACCUAGAUGGUAAGUAUGUGGCUACAGGUGUUGGGCCCAAAAAGACAGUGAAGCAUAUUGCAGCAGAGGAAGCCCUUGCCACACUUCGACGCACACAGGCUGUAGUGAAAUCCAACCUUAGGAAGGAGGGCCAUGUGGAUGCAAUUUCCCGAAAUCAAAUCAUGGCUCGUUCUAGCGAGGAAUCCAUGCAACAGGAGAUCAAGGAAGACAACAUUGGUAACCAGCUACUCCGUAAGAUGGGCUGGACGGGUGGUGGUUUGGGUAGAGAAGGAGAGGGCAUUGCUGAGCCCAUCAGAGUCAAAGAGCAGUUUACCAGGGAAGGACUCGGUAUGGACAUGGACAGGCAAGGUAAUCAGCUGACUAAGCAUGAUAUUGAGAAAAUCAUUCAGAAUUAUGCGAGUUCAGACCGUCAAGAUGAUCUGCGCUUCUCUACGGAGCUCAACAAUGAAGAGCGCCGGCACAUCCACCAGAUAUCCCACAAGUACGGGCUGCGCAGCAAAUCGUACGGACAGGGCCGACAACGCUUUCUUGUGGUUAGCCGCAGAGUCCAGAAGGAACAGCUGAUUGGUCAGCUUUUGCAGGAAGGACAGGUGGGACGAUAUGAACUGGUGAAACCUCAGCCUUCACAAUGACUGGGUUCAACAGGCUUUUGAAAAUCCAACAGAUGACUAUUAAUAAAAGCUACAGUUUUACUUGUUUUUACUUGUUUUCCUGUUAAUUUGUUUCCAAAGAGUGUAAUAAAAAAAUUUAAAAAAAGGAA